AGGUCAUUUUUGGUUGAAUUACGAUUGCUGUCGCUCCUAAGGCUAAUGCCGCUUCCGCUACUUGUCAUCAUGAAUGUAACAUUUAAUACGGUUUUUUUUCACAGAUGCAUAAGGUUACCCCGACUAAGCACACAGUCGCUAAGCCUAGCCAAAGUAGCGCAUGUAGAUAAACAAACAAAAUGCACAGGGCGCUGACAUUUUGUUGGAAUCUGCCAUUUUAAUGAAGUUGAAUUCCCUAUUUGGUUAUGGCUCUUAUGUCAGAGUUCAAUUGAUUGUUUACGUUCAAGGAGGAGAGCAUGAAAUGGCGGGAAAGGUUAAACCUAUCGACAGACAAUCUGUGCAUCAGAUAUGUUCUGGUCAAGUUGUCCUCAAUCUAGCUACAGCGGUCAAGGAACUUGUAGAAAAUAGCUUGGAUGCUGGAGCCACCAGUAUCGAAAUACGACUGAAGAAUCAUGGAUCAGAAUUACUUGAAGUGAUUGACAAUGGGUCAGGGGUCAAGAAAGAAAACUUUGAAGCUUUAAGUAAGUGCCUUAAGAGGAAAAGUGUUGUAGCCCAGACCCACAAUAACAGUUGUAUUCGUGACAACAUUAGUAACAUCUAUGGACCAAAGGCCUUACAAAACUUGUUAGAUCUAAAACAAAGUGAGCCCUCUAUAGAUUGUUGUGAAGAAUUCGGUGUCAAAAUAUGCUCACAAGAUAAAAGUGUAUUCAGCAUCUCAGGUUAUAUAUCAAGCUGUGAACAUGGGUCCGGUAGAAGCAGUGCAGACAGACAAUACUACUUCAUAAAUAGCAGACCAUGUGAUUUUCCAAAGGUAUCAAAGCUUGUAAAUGAAGUUUACCAUAUGUACAACAGGCAUCAAUAUCCGAUGGUAGUACUCAACAUAACUUUACAAAAAGAUUAUGUUGAUGUAAAUUUAACACCAGAUAAACGAAAAAUACUUGUACAAGAAGAAAAGACUUUGUUGGCAGUCAUUAAGACUUCACUUGUAAAACUAUUUGAACCACUGUCCGGUACCUACCAACUAAAACAGCCUAUGAAAUCUAAUUUAUUACCAAGUAGUUUUACUAGUAGAAUGAAAUGUGAUUCAGUGGAAAUUGUAAGAUCUGGAGAAAAACCAAUGUCAAAGGUUACCAAAGCUACUUUAUCUAAUUUGAAAAGAUCUUUCUCUCAUCCAGAUGCAGAGAAAAAUGACACACCUGAAAAGAAAUCUAAAUGUCCCAAACUUGAUAAUUUCUUCACACGGUUACCACCACAAUCUGACAAUGAGACCAGUGAGGAUGAUGCAACAGGCAGUCCAGAGAAAGCUGAUAUUCUUGAUAUCAACCCAAAGGACAAUACAGUUUUAGAUGUUAUUGAAACCAACAAUGAGGAAUUUAAUGGAAAAACUGAUGGAAAGGAAUCCUAUGAAACAGCAGAUGGUAAAGGCAAUCAUGAGAUUUCAUUACCAACAUCAGGACAAUCAUGCAUCAUAAAAGUAGAGAACUUUAACAGUUUCGAAGAGCUCAAACAAGAGAGUUCACAAAGUUCCUUGACAGACAGGUUUCAUGAUUCACCAGUGUUAGAUGGUGAUCACAGUGGAAGUGGAGAUCUAGAAAGACCAUCUACUGAUGUUAAGUUAGAAAGUGAAGAUUCAUUUGAAGCUGUUGAUAACAGGGGAAUUAGUGAACAAAAACUAGAUAUAUAUGUCGAUGAAGCAUCCACAGUUUUGAAAAAGAAUGUAACCAUUCCGUUUAGUUUUGAAGGUCUUAAAAAAUGUCUUGUUACAGAAGAAGUUGUUUCGGGAUCUGAUGCCAAUGUUGGAUCAUUCCAUGCUUCAAUCACUCCAGCUGAUAACACCGCCGCUGAAAGUGAGCUUGUUCGUCAUAUUAGCAAAGACAUGUUUAGCAAAAUGGAGAUCCUUGGUCAGUUUAAUCUGGGGUUCAUUAUUGCAAAGCUGAAGAGUGACCUUUUCAUUAUUGACCAGCAUGCAACCGAUGAAAAGUUCAACUUUGAAACAUUUCAAAGAACAACUACUCUACAAAGCCAGAAGCUAAUACAACCCAUGAGGCUUGAACUAACAGCUGUAAAUGAGUCUAUACUUAUGGAUAAUAUUGAUAUAUUUCGAAAGAAUGGCUUUGAAUUUGAGAUAUCAGAAGAUGCACCAUUAACACAGAAAGUUAAGUUGGUUUCAUUACCAAUCAGCAAAAACUGGACAUUCGGCACAGAUGACAUUAAUGAGAUGAUCUUCAUGCUAAUGGAUGCACCAGGAACUAUGUGCCGUCCUUCACGUGUUCGGCAGAUGUUUGCCUCCAGAGCCUGUCGAAGUUCAGUGAUGAUAGGAACUGCGCUCAAUCAAUCCGAUAUGAAGAAGCUUGUUCGUCACAUGGGAGAAAUUGACCAACCAUGGAACUGUCCUCAUGGUCGACCCACAAUGCGCCACUUGAUUAAUUUAAAGAUGUUGCCAGAUUAAUUAGUAUGCGAUUCAGUGGAUCUUUGCACUAAGCUCCACCCCUUGGAUAUUGUUGCUAAGGUCACGUUUAAAACUGUUCUGUGUUUCAACUUUCUGCACUUACAGGCUUAAAAUUCAUAGCUCUUGUCAAGUAUUAAGAAGUGAAAGAAUUUGAUAUAGAAUAAUGUAUUUGAUUAUUCUUUAAUUAUUGUCUACAACUAAAUCAAUAUUUUUUUAAACAGUGGUUUUUGCUAUGUAGAUGAAAAAGCAAUAAAAUUUAUCAUAAAAU